CGACGUCUAGCGUUGUCGUGUUCAGUGUGAAAAAAUAAUGUUUUCCGGAACCGUACCACAAUCGUGUACGGAAAAGUGUUAACGAAAAUAAUAACAAACGUGAUCGAAUUCGGUGUAAAAGUAAAAGAGUAAUCGUGAUAAUGGACCAGGCACCUGCAGAUACAGAGUUACGGAACAUCAUAGACAAACUGGCUCAGUUUGUGGCUCGCAAUGGACCAGAGUUUGAGCAGAUGACGAAAAACAAGCAGAAGGACAACCCAAAAUUUGGUUUCCUGUUCGGUGGAGAGCACUUCAACUACUAUCAAUACAAAGUGACUACAGAGCAAGCCAUUUUAAAGCAAAAAGGAAUAAAUCCAAUGCAAAAUGCAGACCCACGUUUAAACGUUUCGCAGCAGCAGCAGCAAACAGCCGCUACCGUCGCGCAGCCACUGAAUAACGUCAAUCUUGCACCUGGCCUAAAUACUCAGAACAAUGGAUUAAAUCCAGUUGUGGGAAUUGGACCAGUGGGAAAUCAAGGUGGUCCAGUUAUACCUGGAGUACUAGGACAAAUUGGAGGGCCAGGAAAUGCAGGACCACCAAUUGGACCAGUCCCUGGUGCUAUGGGAGGUGUGAAUCCAUCUAUUGGUGGUGUUACUCAACCGGUUAACAUUGGCGGACCUCCUGGAUGGCUUCAAAAUGAGUUAGCAAAUCUUCAGUCACAGCAGACAACGCUACAGGAACAAGUUAGACAAUCAGAACAAAAUUUGGCUGCGCAACAUGCUGCAUUGAUGGCGCAACAACAAGGAAGGGUUGAGGAUGCUGUGAGACAAGCUCAAGAAACAGCUUUACAAAACAGUGCACAAAGCACAAACACAGACCUUGCUGCAUUUGAUGCGGUAUUACAGCCUAUCAUUGAUAGUUGCACAAAAGAUAGCAUAAGUGCAGGGAAAGCCUGGAUACUUCAAAAUUCGAUUACUCCGCAAAGUAAUCAAGUCGUUGCGGAUCAUUUGCUGAAAAAAGUCAUUCAGGCAACCAAUUUUAGUCAUAAACUCCAUAUUAUCUACCUGGUCAAUGAUGUCCUACAUCAUUGUGCAAGAAAAAAAUCUAUGGAUCUUCGCAAGGCGAUGGAAAGUGUUGUUGUUCCCAUGUUCUGUAACACUUCAUUAGCUGCAUCAGAAGAACAACUUAAUAAAUUAAAUAAGCUAUUAAGUUUAUGGGAGUCAAAAAAUAAUUACUUUGAUGAAGGAAUUAUAGAUAAAUUGAAACAGCCAAGCACAUCUUGGUCUGAAUAUCAGGCUAACUUGGUUGAACAACAUGCCAGCGCAAUUACACCGAUUACUACAUCAACGAAACAAACCUUUGAUAAUUAUCAAGCACAACAUCAAGCGUUUGUUACACAUGCUUUGAGACAAAUUCAAAAUAUUGAGCAACAAAAGAUCGCAAUUGAUCAACAGUUAAAAGCCCCUCCUCCGCCACCACCGCAAUUGAACCAACAAAAUAUGUCUCUGCCACCUAGUCAUUCCGGUCCUCCCGCCCCAAUAAGCACAGAUGUAAAUUUCAGUCAACCACCACCUGGAUGGGGUGUACCACCCGGGAAUGAACCUCCACCGUUUUCAAAUGUUCCAUUGCCAGAUUUUUCAAAACCACCGCCUGGAUUUGGCCCCCCACCUGUUAUACACGAGCCCUCUGUUGAAGAUUUAAUGCCCAGUAUGCCUUAUUACGAACUUCCUGCUGGCUUGAUGGUACCUCUAAUCAAAUUAGAAGAUGCCGAAUAUAAACCUUUGGAUCCAGAAGCCAUUAGGCUUCCACCACCUGCUCCCCCAAGCGAACGACUAGUAGCGGCUGUAGAAGCAUUCUAUGCGCCACCGAACCAUGAUUCUCCACGGGACAGCGAUGGGUGGGAAAAAUUAGGUUUAUACGAGUAUUAUAAAGCAAAGAAUGCCGCGCGCAAGCGUAAAGAAGAAGAUAUAGCAGCUGGUAUAAGACAAAAAUCAAAAUCGCCGUCACCAAUUCUAAGGCCAAGAUCCAAAAGUCCUAGUCCACCAAAGAAACGAUAUCGAAGUAAAUCGCGAAGUAGAUCACGCUCAAGAUCUAGAGGUAGAAGCAGAUCUAGAUCUCCUGCUGCUAAUCAUAGACGUAACAGUCGAAAUAGCAAUCAUAAUAACAGAAGCAGAAGAAGGAGAAAUAGCAACAAGGAUCGAAGUCCUGAUAGGAGAAUGGACAGGCAAGAUCGAAGUCCAACUCCACCCAGUUUCCUCGGAUCAACCUACAGUAAAGCUCCUCAAGAAAUUAGUCUCGAUGAGAGUAACAAAGGUCAUCAGUUGCUCAAAAAAAUGGGUUGGGGCGGUGCGGGACUUGGUGCCAAUGAACAGGGUAUUGAAGCUCCAAUAUCGGGGGGUGAAAUUAGGGAUAAAAAUGAUCAAUAUAAAGGCGUCGGUAUUAAUUUAAAUGAUCCAUACGAGAACUUUAGAAAAAGUAAGGGACAAGCGUUCAUAACUAGAAUGAAAGCAAGAGCGGAAGAACGUGCCGAAGAAAGGGGUGAACGGGACUGAAUCUAAUCAGGAUAAAUAAUUAAUUUGUCUAUAAUCUUUUCGAUGAAAUAUAAUUAUCGCAUGCAGUACGAAUUCGCAUGCUCUCACAACCGUAGUCGACACAAAUUUCCAAUGAUCAAUGUUCUACAAUUCUACAAUGUAACUUGUGUAAUGAUUUAUUUUAAUCUUUAUAUUUUUUUCAAUCUCUAUUAGGAUAAUCAACGUUUUAUAUCCAUUCUCUUAUUUCAUUGCAUAAACGUUAUACGAUAAUUGUUUAUUAUUGAAAUUGUAAAGUUACAACGUACAUUUAUACAUAUGUUAUAGAAUUAUGUAUUCUUGUUAUAAGUAACAAUCAAUUUUAUAUUUUUAAUUCAAGGAAACAGAGAAAGUGCAUUGACUGAAUAUUGUGUCGAUCAUUCGUGGGCGCAAAUCAUUUAUCUGUAUAUUUCCAAUUGAAAAAAAUACUACGAGUGAAUGAUGAAAAAUAUGAACAAUUGUUUAUAAACUUAAUUACGUGUCAGUUCAUAAAUAAGACAAGGAUUACGAAAGUUUGCUGUUAUACUUGCAAUGGCUGUUACAUACUAAAUUCAAUUUUCGUGGUGCAUAACGCGAAAAGAAAAAAAUAUAAUUUUAUGCAUCUUUUGUACAUUGUGUACAAAACUAUUCGAUUUUCGGCAAAGUUACCGUUAAUAAUAAUAGAUGGUUUGUCUAUCGAUAAUUGGAGAUAUCUUGAUGAAAAUAAUAACCAAGUACACCAAAAGGAUCGAUUAAUCAAUAUUGACCAAUCGCACGGUUUAUGUUCAUCGCGAACAUGACAUGCAAGAUUACAUAUUAUGUAAUUGUAUUCUGCACGGCAAAAAAAUUCAUUCUGUUUCCAUAUGAAACGAUGAUAAAUUAAUUCGCUGAAUGUCUAUAUAAGAGAAUAAGAGAAUAUCGUGCACUUAUCAUCCGCACGUAAAAAAACAAUAUAUGAAAUUUAAAAAGUACUUGUAUUUAGUAAGUUAAUAAAUGAUUAUAUUCGAUACAUAAGAUAAAAUCGAGGAAUAAGCAUUAUAUGUUUAAACAUAAUGGUAGAAGAAAAGAAUUGUAGAAAGAACGAGCGAAAGAGAGGAAAAAUGUUCUUAAUUAGAGUUAGCACGUCCUCGAGGCGUGCUAUUGACGUACACUCGUACAAACUCUGCAGAAAAUCAUCGUAGAUAUUGUUAAAGAAAAUUAAUUUAAUCGGUUCAAAGAUAUUCCAGAAUAAUAAUGUUCUUAGACUUUUUAUAUUGGUAGAUUUAUCGCCAGCUGUCACGUGCACGCGGAUUCAAAGAAAAAUAAAAAGAUCUCGAUAACUGGCUAGGAACAGCCGACAUCCGAUGGCAUUGUUAAUCGUCAGUUGCCUUCUUGAACUCCCCUAGUGGCAGUCGAUAUUGGAACCGAAUACAUAAAUCCAACGUCAAACCGGUUUCACAGCGAUAACAGUCAGAAGCCACACACUUGGUGGCGUAAACAACGCCGGAAAGAUGUGUGCGUUUUCCUAUAGCUAUCCUAUAACUUCACUCUCAUUUUAGUAUUCUUUUUACGUGUAUCACGUGAUAUAUUUUUAUCGAACGAAAUCUAUACAUAAGAAAUGUAAUAAAAUGCUUACGUCGUAACGGAUCUCGAAGUAUCAACCAAGAAAUUGGUGUUUGUAAAUUUGGAAAGGUCAUUUAAUAUCUAUUGAGCAUCUUAAUUUCUAUUCGGUAUUUCUUUUUCUUUUUGUCAUAAAUAUUGUGUAUCAUGACAGUCGUAAUAUCGUUCGAUAAUAUUCGUUUGUCGAAAGUCCCAAAAAUAAAUAAUUUGGUUCCCAAAGAUCGUAAACAUUGAAUUCGACGAUGAUUCUGCAGUAUUAACGGCCUCCUUGGAAGUCAAUUUCGUCGAAGGCAAAGGUCGAUGAUAAAAUGCAACAGUUAAAACAAUAGAAAGAAAAAAGGCAGAAUGGAAUUAAUAAAUGGAAAAAUAUAGUUUGUGGGAGAAUAUUUUUUUCUGAACAAUUUAUAUAAUAUAGCGUUAUUGUAUCGGUCUCGAGAUGCAGUCAUGCCAAUGUACUCGAUGGUAAUAUACGUACUUUGCUUGCGUGAUCGAUAACGAAAUAUAUAAUUACAAAAAGAAUAUACAGACGCCAAAUAUACAUUGGAUGGUUUUAUAACUGCAGUGUAAUCAAACACGAUCUACCUCUUUCGCAAAGCAUGACGUCACGUUACAAUAAUCGCGCAUACGUAACAACAGAUUGGCACCAAAAAGUCGUGUUUUUUGUGGAUCGAUCGAUUGCUUAUCUCGAAUCAAAAGACGAUUGUAUUUAAAAGAACCGACUACGUUCGUGGGAAACCGGUACGUAUAUGGAUAAGUUGGUCGACUGAUGCAGCACGUUUAAGCAAAACGUGACAUCGAGUCCGAAAAUGUAAGGAUAAAUAUGUGUAUGAGGAUAUGCGAAGAUAAAAAAUAGAUUACGUUAACGAUUUUGACGGUGACACGUAACCAUUGGUACAAGGCUUACUUCAGAAGUGUUAUUCUUAAAACAUAAUCUUUAAAUUCGCGACUACAGAUAUUCUUCGAAAAAAAUCGGAAAGUGAAUACAUUUACGAAAUAUUCUUUUUCAUUCGUUUUAAUUUGCUGCCUUUUAAACCAUCAGCUUUUUCAAACUGAUACGUAAAUACCUCGUAUUAUACAGCAAUAAAAAGGUAUAUUUUUAGUAAUUUUUAGAUCGAUAUUUCACAUACGUAAGAUUUUUAAUAUUUCGAUGAUUUUAUUUAAUCUAUGUUUGUUCCGUUCUAAGUAUGUCGGUGAAUAAUGAAAAACAUGACCUUUCGAAUAUUCGCUUCAUUCAUAAAAUGAAUAUUUAAUUUUGCGACACGGAUUUUAAUGUGUAGACAUCGAUAAUGUUAUUCAUAAACUUUUACGUAUUGGAUAGAAUUUAAUUUUUCGAAACAGUAUUUUGUACCUACAGUGUAGUAACAAUAACGAAGUUGACAAGUUACAAAAUUGCAUAUUCUGAUAUCAACCCUAUUUUGUUAAGGCAUAAAAGUAAAAAAGGUAAGAAAAAUCUAAUCAAUACAUAAUAAGAUCAUGGCAGUUCGUGUGACGCCAUUCUAAACGACGAAAAAGAAUUUGUAUGUGAGUAAAAUGAAUCUCAUAUUACUGACUACACGUAGUAGGUGCCACGUAUCAUUUUACCCUCAUUUGUCAAGGUUUUCACGGACGUUGUCAAAUUAGAACGACUCUCCUUGGACCUGUUACGUUCAGGGUUCCAUAUAAAGACAUAUCGCAGUUUCGUCGCUCGAUUACAACAGAUUGCAGCAUUCUUCUAUGUUGUACGAUGAACAUAAUAACAGUCUAUUGAAGUUAUGGUAACGUCGAAUAGAAUGAAAUAAAAGUUUCACUGAACGAUCGAAAUAUUCUCAAACUUACAGAACAUGAAUAUAUAAACAUUUGUAGACACGAAUUGCUCGUGUUAUUGGUAUCAUCAACCUUGUGCCAUUUUUACAUUUGUUCGACAAAUGGCGAAUAAAUUGUCCAUAUUAUUAAUUUUAAUUACUUAUAGCGAAUGUUAAGAGUAUUUUUGCAAAUUUUAUAAAUAGGACGUAUACUAGCAACAGUUGCGAAGAAAAUAAUUCAACUCUGCGAUAAUUAAUUCACCGAUUCUCAAGCAGUAACUACCUUUUGAAAGUCAACUAUAAAUCACGAUCUGUCGCAGGUAACAGGUGACCUCAAAGUAAUCAGAAACCGGAUCUCGCACCCGAUCCGCGUAUUUAGGCCGGAAGUGCGUCUCUAAGGUUCGCUUUAAAUAGUCACUCAGCCUGUUGGUUUCCUUAUAAGUAGGUAUCGAUAACAAGCACCCAUCGUUGAUUUCAAACCAACAUUCUAGACAAUCUAUUCUUAGUAUUAUGAUAACAGAGUUAUAAUUAGCUCUUCGUCUUGGUAAUAAUUACUCUGCUAUGGAAUUUUAUCUGAAUUUCAAUAACACGUCAUUAUAAAAUAAAUAUCAAAUUGGACCGAUAUAUUUAUUAAAAGAUACCAAAAAAAUAUCGCUAUUUCCCAUAUUCACAUUAUUUGCAAAUAGAACAUUCUAAACGUUACUCGAACGAAAUAACGAAUAUCUGAAACGUCAGAAUAAAAGCUUUCAUUUAUAUCGUGUAACUUGAUCCGACCAUAAGUUAGUUGUUCAAAUAAAAUGGAACAUUCUCGAUCACUCUCGCUAUUAA